UUGGAUUAUACUAAGUGAAAUAUUAGAAGAGAACUACAUGAAUGAUAAAAAAUAUAAUAUGUUGUUCGUUAUUAUGAUGAACACAAUUUAAUUCAUUAUUGCUUGACAUUAGCAAAACAAUAUUUUGCUGCUAUCUGAGCCUCGACAUGUUCUUUUUAUUGAAAACUCUUUUUAUAAAAAAAAAAUAGUGUAGAUAACAAACAACUAUGGAUACCGGAAGAGUUCUUUGGUAAACAAAUUCUCACUUCUUCAUACACGAUUCGCUAAAGGUCUUCACAGUAAGGGUCAUUUUCGCCAACAAGCGGUCCUUCGUCCAGCAUCAUUUUCAUAAAUUAUCAUUAUCGUCACCCCGAAGACAGGCAAGAUGGGGUGUUCAGCCUCGGCGUCGCUCAAAGCGGCCAAGGCACAAGAGGCGAAGAAAAAAGCCAAGGUAGUGAUAAGCCUAACGCCAGAGGAAAAAGCCAUCAUUCUUGAGACAUGGAAGCUGAUCGAGCCAUACCAGAGAAUUGUCGGGAAGACACUUUUUCUACGGUUUUUCAAAGAGCACCCAACGUACCAAGAUCUCUUUCCUGAGUUCCGAGGUCUGUCUCGAGACGACCUUAAGUCCACGCGUGUGUUGUAUGGUCACGCAAGCCGCGUGAUGAAAGCGAUCGAGACGGCGGUGGCAUCCAUGGAUAACAUACAGGCGUUCAGCGCGUACCUCGAGGAUCUUGGCGCGCGACACAACAAGCGCGCUCUCAAGGCUGCACAUCUUAUGGACAUGCAAGAUGCGUUUCUGUUCGCUGUUCGCGAGGUUCUUCUAUCACGCUGGAGUAGUGACAUGUCCAUGGCUUGGAACAAACUUUUUACCUUCGUCGCUGGCACCAUGAUACACGGCUGUCAGAAUUCGUGACGUCAGACAAUCUCUUUGGUUAGAUCCCUCCUUAUUGUGCUAUCGGUUUAAGGAACUCUGUACAGAAUUCUUGCUCUUUCUGUGGCAUAACAAACACUAACCCCUGUGAGAGAUGUACUGAUCCACGCGUGAUAUAGACUGAUCCACGCGUGAUAUAGACUGAUCCACGCGUGAUAUAGACUGAUCCACGCGUGAUAUAGACUGAUCCACGCGUGAUGUAGACUGAUCCACGUGUGACAUAGACUGAUCCACACGUGGGAUGAACUGAUUUUACGCGUCAGAUAGAUUGGUCCGUGCGCGAUCAAGACUGAUUCACGCGGGAGACGAACUGAUCAACGCAUGAGAACGAUUGAUUCACGCGCGAAGGACUGAUCCACGCUGGAUGGAUUUCAUUAUGUUUUUUUCAUGAUGCAAUGAACAUCGCGAAGUAACCAGCAGAGGAAAAUUUUCAUUUGUCGAUGCAAGUUUUUUUUUAUCUGUUAUUUAUAAAUGAAAUAGGAUGGAUGGAUUGUAACUAUUUCCACGUUUUAUACUAAGCAGGAACCGUGAAAGAGAAAGAUUCAGAACUUCGAUUUUUUUUCUUGCAGAUCUGGCUAAAGAAACGAUUUCCGUGUUUGAUAUUAUAUGUACAGUUUUAAAUAAAUCCGAUUUACGUUUUGGGGAGAAGAAAUCGGUUUAUCGGCAAAAGUUUUAAAAAAAUGAAAAGCUUCCCUACCAUGUACAGAACCGAAUGUAUAACCAAAGUGAUAUAUAAAAAAGGUAUAUAAAAUUGAUAUAAAUAUGUUUUAAGGUGGGAUUACAUCUUGUUAGGCGAGUGGUAUUUAGCUGCUUUAUCAUAAUGUUAACCACCGGUUCCACGUUUUUUAACCGGAUAAAAAUUAAUGAUUCUAAAAAAAAAACAGUUAGAGAUUGUUAUGACAUUCCGAAAUUUGUUAUCGAGGUUGGUAAAAUGAGCUGUGCUACUAAACGCGCAACCAAAAAGUCUUUAUUAACUACUUACUAACCGAGAGUAAGGUUUGAUAUUGCCCGGUAUGACCGAACGGUCGAGGUUAGCAAGUUGUUUAUCAUAUGGCUUUUUAAAAUAAAACGACAAGAAAACAAA